AUUUGAUUAUCACGUGUUUUUGAAUGAUCUAGUUAUCUCUGAUUUGGAUAUUUGCAAUUGAUAAGGAUAGAGUUGGAAGGCAAUGUUUAUAGCGUUCACUGGACUGGUAUUCUUUACAGAUGGAAAAUCACUAUUGAUUACUAUCAGUGAUAACUGCAAGCUUACUGUGUGAUUAUGUUGUGCAUUUGGAAUAUAAUUGCAUUGAUUGGAUUAUUUGUUGUCUAUGCUGAUGAUCAAUUAUUUGUGCCAAAACGGUAUGUGGUGCACUUAACAACGUCAACCUGGGCACAGAGUCUGGCAACUUGCACAGACAGUGGUGGUAGCCUGGCAACAAUAUAUGAUUUCUCUACAAUGCCUGAUAUUCAAAUUGGUCAAGAGUAUCUUCUUAAUGAAAACAUUUUCUGGAUUGGAUUGCACAGAAAGAAUGCCAAUCACAGCUAUGAAUGGCAGAACGGGGAUAACAUCACGUGGUAUAAUUGGAAACCUGGAAUGGUUGAAGACAUUGCCAAACUUUGUGUAGCAUCGUCAUCAGAUAUGCCGUAUUCAUGGAUUAUCAUGGAUUGUGAAGAACGCCUUCCAUUUAUUUGUCAGUAUAACGAAGGAGAAUGUCAAUUUGUUGAGUUUGUAAAUAUGAGUAUUGCAUCUCAUAAUUACAUGUAUCUGUACGAAAAAAGUGAGGACGAAUGUAAGAACGUCUGCAUCAUACAACUAGGCACCAGGUGUCGCUCGUUUGACUUUUACCCGGCUGAUGGACGCUGUGAGUUCAACAGUGGUGAUAGAUGGACGCUUGCAAAGUAUUACAGGGUCAAAGAAGGUUGGGUCUACUUUCACUGGACAUGUAACAUAGGAGAAGUGGUAAAUGCUUCAAUUUCGCCUUCACCGACUCUAGGCUGUUUGGAAACUUCGAACAUUUUUGUUACUCAUAACAUAUAUUCCUCUCAUGUUAUCACGUUAACUAAAGAAGUACCAGUAUCACGUGAUGUCCCAGUUACACGUGACGUCAUUCUCACCUCAACGUUUAUAGACAGGACGACAAUUACAUUAACCGAGACGUCAACUCACGUUAUUGUUGCAUCACCGACGUUUGUAAUACCCUCGGCAUCGGAAGACCCAAUUGAGGAACUGAAAGAGAUCGGAGAGGUUGCCGUUGAAAGGAGAAAGACGUUAAAGAAAAUCAGCGUCAUUGAUAAAAGACCAUCAGCUAAAUACGUUGGUUACGUUGCAAUCAUAUUCAUGUCUGUUGUGUUUGGUGCAAUUGUUUUAUUUGAUUUAUUAACCUUAUGUCGUUAUCUGAACUGCUUCGGAGAUAAAGAACAAGAUGAAAAAUCCAAGCCAAAGGCUGACAAGGGAAUAUUUAAGAAAGUUUUUGGAUGGUCUAAAAUUAAACAUAGAAAACAAUGCAAUAUAGAAGAGGAAGAAAUAAAGAACAACUUGCGACAAAGAUGUGUAAAUCACACAAAUAAUAGUUCUUUAACUACACGUUUAGAUGAAGACCCAACAACAAGUUAUGAUGCCGACUUGGAUAAGAAGACGGGUCGUAGAUCGAACAUGAUUUGGCGGCCUUUUAUUCUAAAUAUGGGCGAUAGUGGCAUAGAAGGUUCAGACAUGAGUUCAAGUCCUGAUCCCAGCGAUACAUGUAGUGACAUAUUUCAUUUUCAAUACUUUCCGAAUGAAUUUGACAACAUCAGAUCGGAAAAAUUAUCACCAAAUAACAAGGAGAAUACCAAUAUGACUACAAACUUCUAGAAAGAAUAAACUUUACUAUGCUAAACUAGUAUUUUGUUUGUUUUUGGACAUACCUUUAUGGAUAUUAACAAGUGUGAUUAUCUA